AUGAAACCAUAUUAAACACCUACAUCAUGUCAUUCUCGUAAGGGCAGUUUAAAGGUUCAACGUUAACCACUUUAAGUAAUCAGUAAUUGUCUAGAAUUACAAUAAUGCACUAAUAAUUUACAAGAUAAAAUUUAAGGAUUAGAAUAAAGAGUAAAGAAUCUUAAUAGUUAACAUGCAGAAGAUAGAUCAGCAGUAAAAUCAAAAGUAGAUAUUCUAUUAUAACCAUUCAUAAAUGAAAAGAAAAAAUAGUAAUAUGAUUCAAAGAUUGAUUCACAAAGUUAUUACGAAGCAAUUAUCAAUAAAAGACUAGAAAACAUUAGUAAAAUUGAUCAUUCUCCUAAACAUAUAAAAACUGAUUGUGCUUAACCAAUUUAUGAUAAAUAUUCUAUUCAUAGUUAAUUUUCUAAAAUAGGUCAAUAACCAAGUUAACUUCAUAGUAAUAGUAUUUUAAAGAUAUAACAAUUAUCAAUAAAAUUAAGAGAUUUUAAAAUGAUUAAAGAUUAAAAUUAAGAUGAAUGUGCACCAUCUCUUGCUAAAAUUAAAUGCUUUUGUCAAGAACAUUGUAAUGAUUGUUUCGAUUUCUAUAGAUGUACAGAUUUAGUCACCUUAAAAUACUUUAUUUAUUUACUUUUAUAAGAAAUUAAUACUCUUUAUAAUUCAGAUGCAAUCAAAAUGGCUGAUAAUUCCAUCUAAUAUCAAAAACAAAUUGAUAUACUCAAAGAAUAACUAUAACUUUAGAAAACUGAUUAAAUGACAUUUUCAAAUUAACUAAAAUUAUAAAAAAUGGUUGGAGAUACUUAAAAAUUAAUUUAAGAUAUCAUAAAUGCACUUUAAUCUAAAUAAAAUCAUAGUUUAUUAAUAAAUUAAGUUGAAGUCUUAAAUAAUUAGAUGAAAGUUCUCAAAGAAAAUUUAUUUGCCAAUUAAAAUCACACCAAUAUAUAACAAAAUCAAACAGCUUAAUAAAUUCCUAAAUAUGAUUUUGAUACAAAUUAUUAAUAUGGAAUCAAUAACGAUAGUUAUUUAAUUGAUUAAUCUAAUUAUUAGAAUUUAUCUAUGAAUGAUAGAAAUUAAUCAUAAUUAAGUUCUAAAUCAAAAUCACCAUAUUAAAAAAAUUAGAAAGUUUUAAAUCUUCAUUUUGAUUCUGAAUAACAAAGUGAAUUUAAUAAACGAUUAUUAGAUGAAUAAACUAUAAUUAAUAAACAAUUAAUGGGAAAAUUAGUAUAAUUACAAACAGAAAAAUAAUUAACCGAUUCUCAAAUAAUUCAAUUAGAAAAUAAUAUUAACGAGAAAAACAAAUUAAUUUAAGAUCUAGAAAAUAAUAUUAAUUCAGAAAAUUCAGUAACUUAUAAAAAACUUAAUCAAAAAAUUAUUGAAAUUAACACUAACUUAGAUUAAAUGUAGAUACAAAACUAAAAAUUAAUUUAUGAAAAUAAAUAUUUCCAUGACAAAUAAGAGGAAAUUAUGAAAAUUGAAUAAAAUUAUUAUGAAUUGUAAAAAUAAAACAAUUAAUAAUUUUAAUAAUUAAAUGCGCUUUUCUAAGAAAACUCUGAUUUAUAAAAAUUAAAUUAAUAAAUUGAAGUAUUAAAAAAAUCAUUAUUAUUAAAUAGGUUGAAUGUUAAGAGUAUUAAGAAUAAAUAUUAAAAUUGCAAGAAAAAUGUUAAACUCAAAAUGCUCAUCUUUAAAAUCUACAUGACGCUGAAUAAUUAGAGUCAUAGAUUAAAGAAUUACAAAUUCAAUAUUCAGAAUAGAGUAAAAUUAUUGUAAAACUAUUUUAUUUAAUUUUAAGACUCUUAUUACAAAUGAAGCAUUCUAUUUAGGUUCAAUGACACUUUAUGCAUGUGAUAUAAUAUCUAGAUAGUACACUGAAAGUAUACCUAUUGCAAUUUUGAUGCUUUAAAAAGAGUUGAAUUAAAAGAAAGAUAUAAUAUAACAGAAGAUGAACAUUCUAUAAUAAUUUGGAAAUAACAUGAAGGCAUAACAAAUCUUGCCUAAAAAUAAUUUUUAAGUUUCAGGAAAUGGAAAUUUUUUGGAUAAUUUGCGUAGUGAUUCAUCAUCUAUAAAGUUAAAAAAUAUUAGUUAUUAUGAUGAAAUCUCAAAUACUGUAAAUCAGAAUAAUUAAUAAAAUGAUUUAAUGAAUAUGUUAGUAGUAUAAUGUAAUGUCAUUGAAAAAAUGAUGGAAUUGUGA